UGAACAAAUAACUAUGGCGCCGCCCAUGUAGACGACCCUAAAAGCGAAAGAGGACCACGUAGCCAGUUUUUCUUAGCGAUCGUAUUUGCAAUAAAGUGAAUCGCCGCGCCGCUUCGCUAACAGACCGGAAAGCGAGAGCUUAAGCGUGACUGUUCAAUUACGGUGACAGCAUGAUCGAAGGAGGAUGAAUGUGUCCUGAAAGAGCUGGAGGGAGCGGUCCAGCGACACGCAAACAGAUGUUUUCCGGCCGCUCGAAAUUGGCGUGACCUCUACGAUCCACGAUGGACGACCCCGACCACAAGGACUUGCUCAUCCAGCAGCUCAAGGACAUUGUCAGGUCCAAUGAGGAGAUACUCAAGAAGAAAGAGAAAGAACUGGAGGACAGUGCAGCAAAGUAUCAGAAACUGAAGCUCCAGUCGAGGGCUAAAAUCGCUCAGCUAACAAACCAAGCAAAGGCUCAGCACGAGGCGUCGCCCGAAGUGGAACAAGGUGAAGAUGCAUCAAAGCCCACAACUCCACACCACGACGCAUCUGUGGAAGCGUCAAGGGGUCGUGUCCGGGUCCUCAAGCAUCAACUGGACGAGGCCAAGUCGCAGCUUCACAAGAAGGAGCAGGAGAUGCAAACAUUGCAGCGGUCAUACGAAUCCACUGUCGAGCGGCUUGAGCAGCAGCUGCUUCAACGUGACCAGUUGCUGAUGGAGAGCGCGGAGACUCCUGGUGGCCAGACAGCGAAACAGUCUUCUGGCCAGAGGCAGGACGGUGGUGGGAACAGCGGUGGCAGCAGCAAGGAAGAAGAGCGUCUGUACGCCCACAUGGUGUACAAGGACUCCAAGAUCCUCGAGCUGAACAACCAAAUUCUCGAGCUGGAGCGGAGGAUCCUGGACCUGCAGGAGAAUCUCCGCGAGAAGGACCAGGUUCUUCAGGCACGCAGCAAGGCCAUCCAGCUCAUGACGGAAGACCUCAGUCUUCGAAGCAAGACUGUUGUUGACGACCUGGACGACACUCGGACCGAGAUGCGGUUAAUGCAGCAGAAUUUCUUAGAACAGGAAAUGUCAUGGAAGCAGCGGGAGGCGUCCCUCACUGCCGACCUCAACUCGAACAAGAGCCGAGUGGUGGAUCUGGAGGAAAGCUUCCGGAAGCUAGAGUCGGCCAGGUUCCAAUUGGCGACGCACAAUGCGGAGCUUCAAGAGAAGGUGGUCCGACUCCAGGAGACGGUGGAGAAGGCGAAGGCAGACCAGGCAGUUGCAUUUCAGGCCAAGAUUAACUCCCUCACGAAAGAGCUGGAACAGAAGUCAGCGGCUCUGGAGGAAACGCAAAAGACUCUUCAGGAGACGACGCGGGAGACCGACAACAGGAUACUGAAAGCCAGGGCGCUCGAAAGGCGUCGAGCCAAGCAGUUUGAACGUGAACUGCAGGAACUAAAGAAGGGAAACUCGGAUGCAACGCCGUCGGAUGUCACGACUCUGCAGCAGCGCAUAGCCGAGCUUGAGGAGGAGAAAGGUGCGCUUCAGCUCAAAGCCCUGGAGAUGGAAGAUGCUCUCUCGUCGCAAGCCGCAAAGCUGGAGGAGAUGGCCGCCAAGGACAAGGUCAUCGAAGAGCUCAAGGGUCAGGUGAAGGCCGCACGAGACGAGAAGAUCUCGCUCGAGGUGCAAGCUGCGCAGAUGGAGGAGCAGAAAGAAAUUGAAGAACAGAAGAUGAGAGAGUUGCGGCUGGAAUUGGAGGCACUCAAGGAGGCAGACGAGAGUUCCACGCCCAUGUUGCAGCAGGAGUUGAAGGCAGCUCUUGAGGAAGAGGUCAAGAAGUUGCUUGCACUGCGCGAGGAAGACUCGGCGACUAUUACCGACCUCCGGCAGAAGCUUCAGCACUUGGAGGAGCAGCUAGCAUCCGCUGCCGCCGAACAAACAGACGAGCUAGACAGAAGCCUUCGGGAAGCGAGGCGCGAAGUUGAAGAGAAGACUCGGCAACUCGAAGACAUGGCCAAAAUGCAGGAACAGCAGCAGUCUGAAGUGGCCUCAAAGUCAGCUAGGAUAGAGGAGCUCGAAGCAGUCUUGAGAGGUGUUAAUGAAAGGCUUGACGCACAAGCGCGAGAAAAUGAAGAGGCCCGUGAAGAAUUGCUGGCGCAGUUGUCAAGGAAUGCAGAAGAGGUUGAUCGGUGGAGAGAAGCGUCGGAAAGAGACUCGAUGAGCCUGCAGAAAGCGCUCGAAGAACUGCAGGCUGCUCAAUGUGAGAAGUCUGAAGCAUUGAAAGCUAUGCAAGCUAUGCAAGAAGAGCUUGAACAUCGAGAUAGAAAAGUUCAGGAACUCAACAAUGCACAGGCGGAUAAUGUUAGUGCGCUGAAAGCUCGAUCGGAAGACAUUGAAAGGUUAACGGUCGAGUUGAGAAAUGUGCAAGAGCAGUUGCAAGCGAAACAAUGUGCGAUCGAUGAAAUUUGUUCUCGUGAAAGCCAACUUAGGGUUGAGCAGGAAGCAGUCAAAGGAAGCUACGAAGAAAUUAAUGCCUCAAUUAAAGAUUUGCUUUUGUACAUUGGUGCAUCAAGCUUAGGUGAAGUAAAGGUUGUGUGGGAUCGGUCCAUUUCAGAGAAAGAAGAAACUGUUAGCAGGUGUCGUCAGGAACUUAGCGAAGCUAUUUCGCGGAGUGAGCAGCUCGCAUCAAAGGUUGAACAGCUAGAAAGUGCACUGAAAGAUGCUGACUCACUGAAGGCUCAGCUGGCUGCCGUGAAUGCGUGCCUAGAAUCCUUGUCCAUCACAUCGCUCGAAGAGUUGAAAUCCAGGUGGGGUGCUUUGCAUGAGAACCUUGACCUGCUGUCGCAGUCACAGAAGCUGGACAAAGAGGAACUGAACAACCGAAUCAAGCAACUCGUUGAUGAGAAAGCAAAACUUCAAGAAGCCGUCGACAUAGAAAAACGGCGUGUUUCGGUGCUUGAUGCAGAAGUCAACGAGUUGAGGAUUGUGAAUGAGAAGUCCAAUGCAGUCAUGGAGGAGCGAGAGUUGGCACUGUCGGCAGCUCUCUGCAAAGUGGAAGAGCUCCAGUCUCACCUCGACGUGGAGCGCCGCAAGACUGAAUCGAAGGUCGGGACUUUGCUCGAGCAAUGCACUGACCUUGAGAAGGAAGUUUCUGCUCUCCAGUUGCAGGUUGAAGACAAAGAGCGCUCACUGUUUGAUCUAACAGAGCGUCUCGCCUCAAGGGAAACAGAGCUGCAGGAGAGUGUGCAAAGCUUCGCUCGCCAAGAAGCAGCUCUUCAAGAAUCACUCCAAGGGCUUCAGAAACAACUCGAAACCAGCGAAGAACGAUUGUCGGAAGUGAUGGGAGAAGUGUCGUCGCUCCGCGAAAUGUUGCAAGCUAAGGAAAAUGAAACAUCGACACUUCGUGCCGAGCUCACUAGUUCUGCAAGCAUUCUCGAGCAAACUAAAUCAGAGAACAAGUCUCUGGAAAACAAGCUCAAAAAGAUGCAGAAGAAGAUCGAGGUGAUCAGUUCAAAGUACAAAGAAGCUGAAUCAUCUGUGAAGAACAUGCAGCAGGAACUUGAAGCUGCCAUCUCAUCAAAAGAAGAGCUUGAGAAGUCUUGCCUCGAUGCCAAAUCGCUGUUGAAAGGUGUUCAGCAAGAGCUUGAAGCCGCUCUCUCCGCGAAGGCAGUACUUGAGAAUGAGUCCCGUGCACUCAGAGAGCAACUUGCAUGCGUUGAGGAUGAAAAAGCGACUGUCUGCCAACAGCUCUCAGAGACCGAGCAAAAAGCCCAGCUGGCAAAUGCAGAGUUGCGCAAACUCGAAGCCGAGCAAGAAAGCCUUUCUCGGAAGGCUGAAGACCUGCAGCAGCAGCUGUUGAACUCCGAAUCAAACUGCCAAGGCAAGGAGGCAGAAAUUGAAGAAUUCCUCGACAAAGCCCAGAAGGAGAGGAUUGACCUCAGUUGUCAACUUCAACAACUUAAUGAGGCACUUAUGUUGAAGAACAAAGAAAGCGAGGAGAUGUCUCGGGAACUCUCUCACCUACAGGAAUGCCUCAACGAGUCAACUCAACGCAGCAGUCAGCUGGACGAAAAGUGCAAUGACAUUACCGCAGAACUUGCUAAACAAACAACACUGCAUGGUGCUGAAAAAGAGCAGCUUGAACAGCAGAUCAGGGAACUUGGGAAAUCGUGCGAUGAUUCCAAGAACUUAAUGAGUCAAGUGACGGCAGAACUCGAAGAAACCCGCCAGGCUCUAGCAGCAGCACAGCAGCAGUUGCAGCAAUUGCAGCAGCUUAAUAACAAUGGAAAGGAGCUCAAUGACCGUCUCCUGAAAGAAAUUGCAAGCUUGCGCACCAAGCUACAGCAAACUGAAGAAAUGCUUGAGAAAGAAUGCGAGGAGAAGUCACGUCUACGCGAACAUGUCGAGAGCUUGAAGGAAUCUGUCACUGCAAGAACAGACGAGCUAGCACAGUUGAAAGUUUCCCUAAGCUCAAAGGAUGCAGAAUUGGAUUCGCUCAGGCAGAACGCAGAGUCGCAGACUUCUGACUUGGUCGUCAAAGUGUCGGAACUUUCACGAGAUCUGCAGCAGAGAACAGGCGAACUUUCCUUGGUGGAGGCUGCAUUGCAGGAGCGAGGUGUUGUUGUUUCAAACCUCCAAACAUCUCUCGAGGCAUCCGCUCAGAAUGUGCAGUCCCUCGAAACGGUGAAUAAAGAUCUUGUAGCCCAAGUACAGACCCUGACGGCCAAAUUCGAUGAGUCGUCAAAAGAGAUCGAAGUAAAAGAACAGAGUUUACAGAUGAUGAAAGAGAACUUGAAACUCCUUGAGGACAGCUUAGAGGAGAAAUCUCGUGUUCUUUCCGAGUUACAAGAGGCCAAUAACAGGCUUGCGGAAAGCAAUGCCGAAUUGGCCCGUCAGGUCGAGGAAGCCGACAGCUCCGUCGCCAGCCUCCGAGAAAAACUGGCGGGUGAGGAGCAUGUCCAGGCAACCUUCAGAUCUGAGCUGGAGACAGCGAAGUCAGAAGCGAACUCUCUUCUCCCCCAGUUGGAUGAUCAGAAAAAGAGAAUCGACGACUUGGAGGAACAGUUGAAGACGUCCGCAGAUACUCAAGAAUCUUUGCUAAAGGAGGUUGAAAAGCUGCAGUGCGAGAAGCAGGCCACAAACGACACUCUAGAGGGACUCAGUGGCAAGUUAAGGGCAGCUGAAAGUGACUUGCAGAAAUCUGACGAGAUGCUCGUUUCCCUGAAAACGGAGGUCGAGCGGCUGCAAGCUCAGCUAGAAAGGAUGAGCGGGCAGCACAAAAUGGAAAUGGAAAGCUGUGCAAAGGCCUUGUUAGAAAAGGAGAACCAAAUAACUGAGUUACAAGGUGAACGAGAAGGGCUGAACGUUGAGCUUAACAAGAAGAAGGAGCAGUUAGCUCUCCUUUCGACAGAAAUAGAAAACCUUGUGUCAAGUCACGAUCAGCAGCUGAGAGAGCUGCUCGAGGCCGAGUCUAGUGCCAGGGCGGAAUGCUCAAGCCUCACCGAAAGGCUUGCUGACAAGGAAAGCGAGGUGUUCCAUCUCGGAGAAUGCUUAGAAGAAUUGCGUCUAGAGAACAGUCGCGCGAAAGAGCAGAUUGCCACAUUCUCGGCAGAGAUACAGAACCUUGUCCAAAACCACGACCAGCAGAUGAGAGAGUUUGCGGACGCCAACUCAAAGCUUGAAACUGAGGUCUCCACCUACGUGGCAAAGGUUGGUGAGUACGAUAACCAGAUCAGAGAGCUCGAAGCAAGGCUGAAUGAAUUGUACCAGGAGAACAGCAGCCUCAAAGAAAGAGCUGAGCAAGCCUCGAACGAAGUCAGAGAAACAUGCCAGAGUCAUCAAGAAGAAGAGAAGAACCUUGAACUGGAGAUCGAGAGGCUCCGGGGGGAGAUCGGGCGUCUGAAUGUCUUCGAGGCGCAAUAUCAGGAGGCGGUUGCUGAGUUAAAAAAGAUGAAGGAACAGUCGCAGUCUGAAAUCUCAAAGCAGAAUUUAGCCAUGCAGUCCGAUCAAGCUGAUGCACCAGCCAAGGUUCCAGUAGUAGAAGAAAUGAUAGUUCCGAAAGAGGCACAGCUCCUCUACACAGCAGAUGCAGAAGGCGUAGAGGCAGACGUUGAAACUCUACGACGGGAACUUGAUGCAGCCAGGAUGGACAUUCAGAUGGCCCAGGAGUCAGCUCUAGGCAAAGAAGAGGACAUCCGAAGGCUCACUGAAGACCUUGCCUGCAUGAAGAAUAAAUUCGAAGAGGCAGAACAGCGACUGAGAGUGAAGCACGAAGAUGCAAAACAAGUCCGCAGUGCCUCAGAAGAAACCAAGUCGGAAGCUCAUCAGGAUGAAAACAAAGAGCCAGCAGAUGCCGAGUUGAAGAAGCUCAAGCUCGCUUUCAAGAAGUCGAGGGGAGAGUUGAGGCUCAAGGUGAAGAUACUUGAAGACAGGACGAAAGAAGUAGGAAGCCUAAAAGAACAGAACAGCUGCCUUCAGAAGGAACUGGAGCAGCUGACAGAGGCCCUCACUAACGAAAGAACUGCUCUGAAGAAGUUUGCAGAGGAACUUGAGCAGAGGGAUGUACAGACAGCGCAGUUGUCUUCAGAACUUCAAAGCCUAAAGGACCGUUUGGAUCUAGAAACAGAAAAAAAUGAAAGCCUGUCCAGAGAGUUGCAGACAGCUAACGCUGAGGCAUACAACCUCCGAAUGCAAGUUGAAGAGCUUAGGCUGCAGAGCAGGGAAGCAGGCUCGCUUGAAGCCGAGGUUGAAGAGCUCAAGAAGCGGCUGGAGUCUGCAAGUGAUGCUCUCAAGGUGUUGUCGGCAGAAAAUGAAGUUCUCAAGGCCGGCCGUUCUCAGGACACCGAAUGCCUUCUGUCAGAACUUCAGUCGUCGAAGACGGAGCUUCAGCGGUUAACCGCUGAGCACGAAGACACUGUGAACACCAGUCUAAGCCGCGAACGAGCGCUGCAGAACGAGUUGGACGCAGCCACUGAGCUAAUUCAGCAGCUGCAUUCAGAGCAUGCAGACUUUUCGCGAAAGAAGAGCGAGGAAUUUGGACUGCUACAAGGUCAGCUGGAAUCUCUGAGCGGAGACCUCAUCAAGCAGCUUGAAAUUGUAGACUCCAAGGUGGAAGAAGCCGACGCACUACAGAGCAAGCUCCAGACAUCUCAGCUUCAGCUUGAGAAGUUUUCUGCUGAGUACAGCAUCCUGCAGGAUGUGCUUCUUCAAGAGUGCGGGGAGCGUCCCCCCGGUGACAUGACGUUCAUGGGCGCCGAAUUCAGUGCCUUCGAAUACCUCAAGUGGCUCCUUGAGAGUGUCAGGAAAAGGCGAGAGGCACUCGAGUCUUCGCUCGCAGAGAAGGAUCAGCAAAUUUCUUCCCUUCACGAGAGCCACAAGUCUCUCCAGGAGCAGGUCUUGCAGACGUUGAAAGGCCUGAGCAUGCUUCUGGCUACAGUCACGCAAGACACCACAGAUCCAAACAAAUUGGAGGAGGAGCUAAAGAUUGCCGAAGAUUCAAGGGACCCGCAGGCACUCGUGCGGGCAGUUUACGAACAUGUUCUCUCCCUCAAGAAUACUAACAGUGCACUUUCGAAAGAGAUGGAGAACCUGAGAUUGUCAUGCGAAGAAAUGAACACAAGGUUACAAGAAGCCACGAUUGAACAUGAGCAGCUGCAGUGUAAGUACCACAAAAUGCAGGAAGUUUUUGAAAAGAAAGAGCAAGUGACAGACAUCACAGAUGUUACAAGAAUCGACAAGUUCCUUCAGACCGAUGCCAGUGACGAGUCACCGAAACUGGAUAAGUCACUUCAGACAGAUGUCAAAGAUGAGCUUUCAAAAGAAAAGGGUCAGGAAGAGUCUUUGUUAGAAAAAACAGAGUUGCUCGCCGAAAUAGCCUUGCUGAAAGAAGAGGUUACGGCAUUAAAAGCGCAGCAGCCAAUCCAGAACGCAGGUGACGGUGACAAGCUGAACUCCGAGCUUGCCGCCAUGAGGCAGAAGUCCGAGAAGAUGCUUGUAAAGUUGAAGUUGUUCAAGGAGAAAAACGACAUGCUCGUCAAGCAGCUGAACGCACUCCGCGAAUCCCAUGCUGAGCUUGAGCACUCUUAUCAGAGGAAGUCUGACGAAGUGGGCCAACUCGAAAGGCAGUGCUGCUCUCUCCAGGAGGACUUGCAGAAGUCGCUCAUGCAAAGCGAGCACACUGAAUCUCUCGCUCUGAGUUUGGACCAGGCUACCGCCAGGGCCAGGGAAGCUGAAGCUGAGUGCAGUUCCCUGCGCGACAGGGUAGGCGAGCUGCUGGAUCAGAACGACAGGCUGGAAAUCGAGUCCAAGCACCUCAAGUUCGAACUGGCGAACCUGAAAGAACAGGCCGACAUGCUUACCAGCGACAAUGAGGCCUUCCAGAAUCUUGCCGAGAACCUGAAGCGAGCGAGGCAGAACUUGGAGCAGGAGCUGAAGGCGCAACACGAGCAGCACACGAAGGCUCUCAAGGACCUCGAGAACAGGUACCAGAAGCAGCUCGAAGAAGAGAGGAACGGUGACACGACCGCGACCGCCUCUCUGAAGCGCGACUUCGCCCAGAUGCAGGAGAAGUACAACCAGAUCCUGUACAGGCACCGUGACCUUGAGGAAGAGUUCCACGUUGUCGUUGAGGAGAAGACGAAGCUGGAAGCCAAGUGCGCACAGCUGGCCGAGGACUGUUCUGCGGCGAACCAGGCACUCGCGCUCAUGGAGAAGCAGGGUUUCGUGGGUCACAAGACCUUCCAGGAGCUAGACCUGCUCCGGCAAGAGCACCAGCAACUCCAGGAACGAUUCCACCAACUCAAGAGCUCGCAGCUAAAGGCUGAGGAACGGCUGGUUCAGUCUGCAAGCCAGGAAUCGCUUUUAAUGAAGGCUAAACUCGAGGAGGCCGACAAGACCAUUGAAGCACUGAGGGCGACGAAAGAGCAGAUGACAUCGGAUGAAGUGCGUCGUCUGCAGCAACAGCUGGACGAACUGAACCAGAGGCAUGCUGCUCUGGUCGAACAGUCACAGGCUAAGGAAGGCCGUUGGAGCCAAGAACGGAAGCAGCUCAAGCACAUCGAGGAGCACCUCAAGCAGGCGGCACAAGAUCUAAGUGGUGAGCUUGAGGAGUUGAGGACGCAGCACGAGGAAGCACUGCGGAGCAAGCUGGACUUGCGGAACCAGAUGGAGCAGGCGCACAAGGACAACAGGGCCCUGACACAGCAGGUGCACAACUGGAGGAGUUACAUCCGGGACUUCGAGAACAGCAAGAACGAACAAGGCCACAACGUGGAAGUGGAGCGGCUGCAGACGGAACUGGAGCAGACGGCCACGCAACUACACCAGCUGGGUCUUCGCAAUGAGGAGAUGUCAGUCGACCUCAACAAGGUGCUGGAAGAGAAAAACGGCCUCAAGCAGCUCUUAGCGCACACGCAAGAGGUUCUGCGGCAAAGGGAAGCACAGCUGCUGCGUCUGCAGUCACCGCCGUUGAGCAGGGACGGCGUCCACGUCAUCGAGAUGGAAAACCCGCAACAACCUGCUGAUGAUGCUGCCGCUCUUCAACAUAGGUUGCGGGAAGUGGACCACGAGCGACGGGAGCUGGAGCAGCGGGUGCAGGAGUUGGCCGAGCAUCUACGCACUGAGCGCCAGCGACGCCGCUUGCUCGAGGGUGAAAUGGAAGACAUUGAGUGGGGCAAGCAGCCACCGUCCAGGCAAUCGCUGGACAACGAAUCGCAUCGCUUGUUGCUGCAUGAUGAUGUGAUCAAGAUUCCGGCUACUGACUACUCUAUCACUCGCCAAUUUAUGUCACACGCAUCCAAGCUUCGUAGGUGGUUCCAGGGAAGGCAGGACUCUUCAGGUCGCACUGUGCAUCACAUCUAAGAGGCUUUUGAGGCCAGAGAGACGGAACUGCCGGCUCGCGAUUCGAAGACGCAAGUACGGCCAGAUCACACUGGGCCUUUACCUCCUGCUGAUUCACAUUGUACUCCUCGCGUACCUCGUGUGAAAGUGUCGCGACAGACACCGGUCAUCAGUCGCACAACGGUAAACAUCGGUCACCAUGAAAUCGCACAAGCCCAACGAGGAAGGUACAGCAGCAAUGGCCUGUUGUGCCAACGGAAAUCUAUACGCACUGAAGUGUGAUGAACUCUAAGAGCCCGAUUAGCUUUCAUGCAAAUGGGCUACACCGCACAUGUUGCGAGCUUUUUGUGGCUUAGAAACCGGGUAGAUUAAUGAUGAAUUCAAAGUCGUCAUUCUCUUGUGUGAUGACUGGUGUGUGAUCCCUCCGCAGCUCGCGGUGACUGCGAAGAUGGACUGCAACGUACUGCUUUUGGGCAUGCGCGUGUUACGAUCUACUUCAUGUGAAAAGUGUGGCUUCAUCUACCGUACUUGCACAUUCAGAGUGGUGCUAUGGUCCUGUGUUGAAUCAGUGUACGUCCAGAGAGCAAAGAAAGUACUGCCAUGUUUGUUAAACCAAGAUCUGAGCGUAGCGUUGCCCGGGUCCGUCACCAUGGACGGAGAGUGGUAGUCGGCUACAAAAUGCGAGGCCUUGUUGCAAUGUAUGAAAGCUGUGAAUUUUGUGCUUGUGUCGUAAUGGACACGCUGUCCCGUGUUGCAUUUUGUGUUACAGAUGGACAUGCAUUUCUUCUGUGAUGACCCCCCUAGUUCGUCGCUUUCACGUUUUUUACUCGGACUGCGCACUAAAGCUGCCAACGUUUGCACGUUUUUCUCAUGAGCCACAAUGGAAGUUUUUUAAGAAUACGUAGUAAUAAUACUGCUUAAAGCGUGGCAACAAAAGAGGUAGCGAGGCUAUUAGUUUUUACGUUGCAGCAGCGAUUUGUGUGCAUUGCAGCAGAAUCGUGCUUUAUGUAAGCAUGGGACCAGGUAGACUGAUGUACAUUUUAGGGCAAGGUAAAUAAAUAAUUGUGUACAGUGUCAUUGAAUGAAAUGGCUUUAGCAUCUU